CCCAGGAGGCUGCCCCGGGCCCACCACCGCCACCGCCCGGCAGCCCGGCCUGCGCCUCCGCGUCGCCAUGGCUGGGGGCCGUGGGGGCUCCGGGCGCGGUCGGGACGAGCCGCCGGAGACCUACCCGCAGCGGCAGGAGCACGAGCUGCAGGCUCUGGAGGCCAUCUACGGCGCCGACUUCCAGGACCUGCGGCCGGACGCGUGCAAAUCGGUCAAUGAACCCCCUGAAAUCAAUUUAGUUCUGUACCCUCAGGGCCUGACUGGUGAAGAAGUAUAUGUGAAAGUGGAUUUGAGGGUCAAAUGCCCCCCAACCUAUCCAGAUGUAGUCCCUGAAAUAGAGUUAAAGAAUGCUAAAGGUCUGUCAAAUGAGAGUGUUCAUUUGUUAAAAUCCCACCUAGAGAAAGUGGCCAAAAAACAUUGUGGAGAGGUGAUGAUAUUCGAACUGGCUGACCAUGUGCAGUCGUUUCUCAGCGAGCAUAACAAGCCCCCUCCCAAGUCUUUCCAUGAAGAAAUGCUGGAAAGGCGGGCUCAGGAGGAGCAACGGAGGCUGUUGGAGGCCAAGCAGAAAGUGGAGCAGGAGCAACGUGAAAUCCUUCAUGAGAUUCAGAGAAGGAAAGAAGAGAUAAAAGAAGAGAGAAAAAGGAAAGAAAUGGCUAAACAGGAACGUUUGGAAAUUUCAUGUUUGUCAAACCAAGAUCAAAACUCUAGGAAAGAUCUGGGAGGACAUAGAACAGGUGCCAUUCUACAUGGAGGCUCUCCCGACUUUGUAGGAAAUGGUAAACAUCGGACCAACUCCUCUGGAAGGUCUAAGCGAGAACGGCAGUAUUCUAUAUGUAGUAGUGAAGAUUCUCCUGGCUCUUGCGAAGUCCUAUAUUUUUCUGUGGGUAGUCCUGACCAGCUCAUGGUUUACAAAGGGAAAUGCACUGGCAGUGAUGAGCAGCUUGGAAAAUUAGUUUACAAUGCUUUGGAAACGGCCACUGGCAACUUUGUCUCAUUGUAUGAGUGGGUCCUUCAGUGGCAGAGAAAAAUGGGUCCGUUCCUUACCAGCCAAGAGAAGGAGAAGAUUGAUAAGUGCAAAAAACAGAUCCAAGGGGCAGAAGCGGAAUUCAACUCACUGGUAAAACUGAGCCAUCCAAAUGUAGUACACUACCUUGCAAUGAAUCUCAAAGAGCAAGAUGACUCCAUCGUGGUGGACAUUUUAUUGGAGCACAUUAACGGGGUCUCCCUCGCCGCACACUUGAGCCACUCAGGCUCUGUCCCCGUUCAUCAGCUCCGCAAGUACGCAGCUCAGCUCUUGUCAGGCCUCAGUUAUUUGCACAGCAAUGAUGUGGUGCACAAGGUUCUGAGCGCGUCCAGUGUGUUGGUGGAUGCAGAGGGCAAUGUCAAGAUUACAGACUACAGCAUUUCUAAGCGCCUAGCAGACAUUUGCAAGGAGGACGUAUUUGAGCAAAGCCGAGUUAGUUUCAGUGACAGUGCCCUGCCUUAUAAAACUGGGAAGAAAGGAGAUGUUUGGUGUCUUGGCCUCCUCCUGAUCUCCCUCAGCCAAGGACAAGAAUGUGGAGAGUACCCUGUGACCAUCCCUAGUGACCUGCCAGCUGACUUCCAAGAUUUUCUAAAGAAGUGUGUUUGCUUGGAUGACAAGGAGAGAUGGAGUCCCCAGCAGUUGUUGAAACACGGUUUUAUCAAUCCUCAGCCGAAAGUGUCUUUACUGGAACAAAGUCCUGAGGACUCUGGAGGACAAGAUUAUGUUGAGACCGUUAUUCCCAGGAAGCAGCUACCCAGUGCGGCCUUCUUUAGUGAGACACAGAGACAGUUUUCUCGAUAUUUCAUCGAGUUUGAAGAAUUGCAGCUUCUCGGCAAAGGUGCUUUCGGGGCCGUCAUCAAGGUGCAGAACAAGCUGGAUGGCUGCUGCUAUGCGGUGAAGCGCAUUCCCAUCAACCCGGCUAGCAAGCAUUUCCGAAGGAUCAAGGGCGAGGUGACCCUGCUGUCACGCCUGCACCAUGAGAACAUCGUGCGCUACUACAACGCCUGGAUCGAGAGAUACGAGCGGCCGGUGGGCCUGGGGACACCGCCCUCGGAGUCGGAGUCUGGCCCGGGGACUCCCCAGGCCCAGGACGGGCGAGGUUUGUCCCGGCCACCUGCACACGACAGUGGCCUGGAUGCCCCCGGCAGCGUGGAGGCCACCGCGCCACCACCCAUCCUCAGCUCAGUGGAGUGGAGCACCUCGGGUGAGCGCUCUGCCAGCGCCCGCUACUCCGCCGCCGCAGGCCCAGGCUCCAGCAGCGACGAGGAGGACGACGAGGAUGAGCACGACGGUGUCUUCUCGCAGCCCUUCCUACCUGCCUCGGAUUCUGACAGUGAUAUCAUCUUUGAAGAUGACGAAAACAGUAAGGGUCAGAAUCAGGAUGAAGACUGCAAUGGGAAGGACAGUUACCAUGAAAGUGAACCAUUGGCAACCACCGAGGCUGUGCACUACCUGUACAUCCAGAUGGAGUACUGUGAGAAGAGCACUCUGCGAGACACCAUUGACCAGGGGCUGUAUCAGGACACCAUCAGACUCUGGAGGCUUUUCCGAGAGAUUCUGGAUGGAUUGGCUUAUAUCCAUGAGAAAGGAAUGAUUCACCGGGAUUUGAAGCCUGUUAACAUUUUUUUGGAUUCCGAUGACCAUGUAAAAAUAGGUGAUUUUGGUUUGGCGACAGACCAUCUAGCCUUCACGGCUGACGGCAAGCAAGAUGAUGCAGCAGAUCACUUGAUUAAAUCAGACCCUUCAGGUCAUUUGACUGGGAUGGUUGGCACUGCUUUGUACGUGAGCCCAGAGGUCCAAGGAAGCACCAGACCUACGUACAACCAGAAAGUGGAUCUCUUCAGCCUGGGAAUUAUCUUCUUUGAGAUGUCCUAUCACCCCAUGGUCACGGCCUCAGAAAGGAUCUUUGUUCUCAACCAACUCAGAGAUCCCACGUCGCCUAAGUUUCCAGAAGAUUUCGAUGAUGGAGAGCAUACAAAGCAGAAAUCUGUCAUCUCCUGGCUGUUGAACCAUGAUCCUGCCAAGCGGCCCACAGCCACAGAACUGCUCAAGAGUGAGCUGCUGCCCCCACCCCAGAUGGAGGAGUCGGAGCUGCACGAAGUUCUGCACCACACCCUGGCCAACGUGGACGGCAAGGCCUACCGCACCAUGAUGGCCCAGAUCUUCUCUCAGCGCGUCUCCCCCGCCAUCGAUUACACCUACGACAGCAACAUGCUGAAGGGCAGCUUCUCCAUCCGUACAGCCAAGGUACAGCAACAUGUGUGUGACACCAUCGUCCACAUCUUUAAAAGACACGGAGCUGUCCAGUUGUGCACCCCACUCCUGCUUCCCCAAAAUAGGCAAAUAUAUGAGCACAACGAAGCUGCCUUAUUCAUGGACCACAGCGGGAUGCUGGUGAUGCUUCCUUUCGACCUGCGGGUUCCUUUUGCAAGAUACGUUGCGAGAAACAAUAUAUUGAAUUUGAAACGAUACUGCAUAGAACGUGUGUUCAGACCUCGCAAGUUAGACCGAUUUCAUCCCAAAGAGCUUCUGGAAUGUGCAUUUGAUAUCGUCACGUCUACCACCAACAGCUCGCUGCCCACUGUGGAAAUCAUCUACACGAUAUGUGAAAUCAUCCAGGAGUUCCCAGCGCUUCAGGAAAGAAAUUACAGUAUUUACUUGAACCAUACCAUGUUAUUGAAAGCAAUCCUCUUACACUGUGGGAUCCCAGAAGAUAAACUGAGUCAAGUCUAUGUUAUUCUGUAUGAUGCUGUGACAGAAAAGCUGACGAGGAUGGAAGUGGAAGCCAGGUUUUGUAAUUUGUCUUUGUCAUCUAACAGUCUGCAUCGACUCUACAAAUUUAUUGAGCAGAAGGGAGAUUUGCAAGAUCUAACGCCAGCAAUAAAUUCAUUAAUAAAACAGAAAACAGGUGUUGCCCAGUUGGUGAAGUAUGGAUUAAAAGAUCUAGAGGAGAUUGUUGGGCUUUUGAAGAAAUUCGGCAUAAAGUUACAGGUCUUGAUCAACUUGGGCUUGGUUUACAAGGUGCAGCAGCACAACGGAGUCAUCUUCCAGUUUGUGGCGGUCAUCAGACGGAGGCAGAGGGCUGUAUCUGAAAUCCUUGCGGCCGGUGGCAGAUACGACCUGCUGAUUCCCCAGUUCAGAGGACCACAGGCUCUGGGUCCCAUCCCCACUGCAGUUGGGGUCAGCAUAGCUAUAGACAAGAUAUCUGCUGCCAUUCUCAACAUGGAAGAGCCUGUUACAAUCAGCUCCUGUGACCUCCUGGUUGUAAGUGUUGGCCAGAUGUCCAUGUCCAGGGCCAUCAACCUAACCCAGAAACUCUGGACAGUGGGAAUCACGGCACAGAUCAUGUAUGACUGGUCGCAGUCCCAAGAAGAACUACAAGAAUACUGCCGACAUCAUGAAAUUACCUACGUGGCCCUUGUCUCAGAUAAAGGACGAAGCUAUGUCAAGGUUAAGUCUUUUGAGAAGGAAAGACAAACAGAGAAAUGCGUGCUGGAGUCUGAUCUUAUAGAAUAUGUUGUGCAGAAACUCAGGACUAAAGUCAGUGAUGAAAGGACUAUCAGAGAAGCUUCCGAUAAUCUUGCAGUGCAAAAUCUGAAGGGGUCAUUUUCUAAUGCUUCAGGUCUGUUUGAAAUUCAUGGAGCUGCCGUUGUUCCCAGUGUGAGUGUGGUCGCCCCGGAGAAGCUGUCAGCCAGCACCAGGAGGCGGUAUGAAACUCAGGUACAAACCCGACUUCAGACCUCCCUUGCCAACUUACAUCAGAAAAGCAGUGAAAUUGAAAUUCUGGCUGUGGAUCUACCCAAAGAAACCAUCCUACAGUUUUUAUCAUUAGAGUGGGAUGCUGACGAACAGGCAUUUAAUACAACUGUGAAGCAGCUGCUGUCCCGCCUGCCAAAGCAAAGAUACCUCAAAUUAGUCUGUGAUGAGAUUUAUAACAUCAAAGUAGAAAAAAAGGUAUCUGUGCUAUUCCUGUAUAGCUACAGAGAUGACUACUACAGAAUCUUAUUUUAAAAAUCCUAAAGAAUGGUCAUUAUCUUGCUCAAAGACAGGAGCUUAUACUAUGAAAUGUUGUACAUUCACUGUAAUUUUAACUUUACAUUCUAAGAAGUGUCCCACAAAGUUGAGCUUUGUAAGUUUUUCAUGUGUAAUAUAUAAAUUUUAUCUUUUUGGAUAUAAUAAAUGCUUUCAUAUAUCUCCUGC